AUGUCGCACGAGCACCCCGCCUCCGCUGAUGGGUCUCAUUGUCAACAUGGUAACUCUUCGAUGAAUAAUCAUCCCAGAGCAGACCUAGAUCCAGCUAAUCUCGAGGAGCCUGAGUUAGACGGUGGGAGAGCAGACAGUGAUGAACCAUUUCCUUGGAUCAGGUUGGGACAGGCUGACGGCAGUGCGACGACAGUUGACCAAUUGUUCAGACAUGCAAAGUCACUACGGCUGUGCAAACUAUGUGCAACCAUCGACCUCGAGUUUCUCAGGUCUCGCGCCACUGAAGAGGUCAUUGGGAGCAUCGCUGUUGGUCACGUUUGCGUUAAUUCUCCUAUUUUGGACAGCAAGGCGAAAUCGUGUGAUCUAGGCACUUUCUUCUCUUGGGCCGCCGCCCUACAUUACAGAACCAAGAAGCGUGAAAGUGUUGGGUGGCACCGCGCCAGUCAUGCAGAGGAGGGUUUUCCUGCAAAUAGCGGGCCAAAAUUACCGAGCACGCUGGAAUGGGUGACAAUGGCCGAGCAGCCAUCGACUUUUGACAGCGAUGACUCGAUCAAGGCUACCACCCACGAGCCCAUUCUGGGAAGUCUGAUUGCUCAAUCUCAGUCUCUGAAAGAGGCGACGAUGCGAUGGAACCAAUUGCGGAACAAAGCUUUUCUACUAGAGCCGCCCCCUAAAUCUUAUGCCGCGGCAGCUGUUGGUGUGAGACCGUUGAUAGCAAAUGACAUCGAUAUCGCUGUUUAA